AUGGUUUCCAAUUUGUCACUUGAGGGUCGAUUGCCAGGCCAUGCUGGUGCUCUUACUCCCGACCAAGUAGCUGCCCUGAAAAAGAUUUGGCUGCGUCUAUUCGAAUUAUUCAAGCAAGCUGGUGAACCUUAUACUCCACCUGCUGACAGUGAUUCAUCCUCCCAAGCAUCUUCAGAAAAACAAGAAAAGAAGAAUGGUGGCGGCGGUGGUUGGUUUGGUUUCGGAAAAUCAUCAUCAGCACCUGCCAAGGAUGUGCAACAAGACAAGCCCGUGUUCCUUGGCAAAACUGCCGAUCCUCGUUGGAUGUCAUUGACCCUUGAAGAAGCCAUCAAGCUUAUUCCUGGUGAAAAGCUCGAACGCACCUUUUGGCAUAUGGUGGCCACUGACAAUCCAGAUGCAUGUGUAUUGCGAUAUCUACGUGCUCGCAAAUGGGAUGUCGACGCUGCCUAUAGAAUGAUCAUCAACACCCUUCGAUGGCGUUUACAUAAUCGUGUGGACGACAUUACUAAACUCGGUGAAUCUGGUCUUGUCAUUGAACUCAACAAGCUCAAGCCCCAACUUGGCGACGACUUUAUUCGACAGAUCAAGAGUGGUAAAGCUACCUUGGGUGGUCCCGACAAAUCAGAUCGUGGUAUUUGCUUCCUCAAUGUUCAACUUCACCACAAGGAGGAUCAACCUUUUGAAGCAAUUCAAAUUGCAGCCUUGUAUCUCAUGGAGACCGCUCGUGUCUUUUGUGGCUAUCCCAUGGUGAAUGCUUGCUUGGUGUUCAAUUUGGAUAACUUUACCCUUGCCAACAUGGAUUUCGACUUUGUCAAGUUUUUGAUUACAUGCUUGGAACGAUACUACCCAGAAACUCUUGGCUUGUGUUUGAUCCACAAGGCACCGUGGGUGUUCUCAACAGUUUGGGCUAUGAUUCAGCCUUUGUUGGAUCCUGUGGUGGCAGCCAAGAUCAAGUUUAGCAAAAACUUGGAUGAACUUCAGGAACACAUUGACAUUGGAAGUGUACCUGUUAUUAUCUCUGGCAAUCCCGAUCGCAAGACCAAGGAUGAAGCAACCAAGGCUGAUGAUCCUCCCGCAGGCAUCCUGGAGGUGCCUACUUCAGCAGAGUAUCUGGCAUACGAAGAGGAAAAGAAGGCUUAUACAAAGGCCACUGAAGAAUGGGCCAAGAGUGAAAUUGUUGCUGGUCAAGAAGAUCAAGAUGCUCUUGCACGCUUAGAACGGGGUCGUCAAUAUCGUCUUAUUCGUAUUCGUGCCGAGAAGGAUUUACGUGCUAAUACCACGUAUCAUCAAAAGGGUCUUCUCAAGCUUACUCCCGAUGCCCAUUUGUAUGUCGAUUUUGGUGGCGAUAACUGGGUGGAACAAGAUAUCACAGAUCGUGUGUAA